AUGAGCGAGACCUUCAUCGUCCAGGGGGUGUCCAGCGUGCUGUGCAGACAGCGCUCCUUGCAGUACACAGUGGAAGGCUCCACGGAAGCUUUCCAGUGGACGGCGAGCGCCAGCCUUCCCUGUGCGCUUCUUGUGCGGGGCCACGUCUUUGCAGAAGCCGAGGCUUUGCCCUGGCCAGCCGUGGCGCAGCACUUGGCGCAAGUGGCGCCGCAGCUGCCGGAGCUCCGGAGGUACUUCUCUUCCCGGCGCGGCUCCUUCUGGGUUGUCUACGCCUUGCUCUCUGAGGAUCAGCUGCGCGUUUUUGCGGUCACCGAGCCGGUGGGCCGAGUGCCCCUCUGUAUGGGCGAGGGAAAGGGGGAGUUGUUGCUGUCUCCCUACUGGCCGCUGGAGCAGGUGCCCCUGGCCGCCGGAAUUGCACUGGAAGCGCUGCAGCUCCGGCAGGCGUGUCCCCGGCUGCUGCACCACUGGUCGGCCAAGGAAGGGCUGUCGUCCGCUCUAGACGCCUUCUACGGUCUCCAUGCAGAAGUCGAGCUGCCUGAGGGUAGUGGAAGUGACGACCUGACAACCCGCCUGCGAUCUCUGCUGCUUCGCUCAGUGGAACGCUGCCUGUGGGAUGUGGAGCAUGUGGGUCUCUUGUUCAGCGGCGGCCUGGACGACUCGGGGCUCCUGGCCUGGAUCCUCACGGAGAAGAAGCUGCGCUGUACGGGCUACACCGUGGGCUUCCACGUGGAGAAGAAGAAGAACAAGUACGCCUAUCCGGAGGAUUUGUCCUCCGCGGAAGCCGCGGCACGGGAGUUGGGCCUCGAGUGGAAGGCCCACGUCAUGAACCUGGAAGAGGCAGAAGAGCUGUUGCUCCGCUGCGCGCCUGUGGUGGCGGACUGGAACAGCGUCAAGGCCGCGGUGGGGAUGACGAUGUUGGACGCUUGCCGAUUGGCGGCGAAAGAUGGGCUCAGGGUGGUGCUCAGCGGCCUGGGAUCUGAGGAGGCCUUUGCUGGCUACGCGCGGCACCUGCGCGCCUGCGCGGCUGGGGAUGCGGCCACAGCCAAGGAUCGCACCUUGGGCUUGGCCUCCAUGUGGCACCGAGACCUGCAGCGGGACUUUGCGGUGGCCGCGCAGGCCGGGGUGGAGAUCCGGUACCCCUUCCUGGACGAUGACCUCCUGGCACUGGCACUGAAGCUGCCGGCUGGUGCGUGUUCCCGCGAGGCGACCGAGAGCGAGGCCGCGGACGGUGGCAAGGGCGCCCUACGCGCCGUGGCGCGCAGCUUGGGAGCGCCCAGGUGCAUCUCUGAACGUCGUAAGAGGGCAGCGCAGUAUGGCAGCCGCGUCUACAACGCGCUGAAGCUGCUGAGCAACCAGGCAGGCAAGCGCCUGGAGGCCAGCCGCUUCCACCAGGCCAACUACGUGAUGUCCGUCCCGGGUGCCUCGCACUCGCGACUGGCGCUGCUCUUUACCAGCGGCUACCACUCCGUGCAGGUGUACUGCCUGCUGAAGAGCUGGCGCUUCGCCGUCGCCUGCAUCGUGCCCUCCGACUCGCCCGCAGCUUUUGCUGCGGCGGCCGAGUUUGCGGCCGCGGAGGGCGUGCCCUUGGCGCGGAAAAGCGCCAAGAUGGAAGCCGGAAAUGGCUACGAUGUUCCGGCCUUGAUAGACGCGCUCAGAUGCGCCCGGGACGAGUAUGGGGUGGAGGCCUGCGCCUGCGGCCACGUCUGCGCCUUGGAUCUCUGGUGCGCCGUGGUGGCGGCCUGCGACGCCGCGAGUCUGCGGAGCGUGGCGCCGGAGUGGGGGGUGGCGGCAGGGCAGUCCACCAUGCGACGGAUCGUUCACGACGGCACAGUGCUGCAGGUGAGCAAGUUCCCGGAUCCUUCCCUCCUUGGUGCCCUGGUCACCUGCCCAGAGGACGCAGAUGCGGUGCUUUCCGCCCUGCGCUCCUUGGUGGGUCCGGACGCCACGGACGACACGGACGCGGGCUUCGUGGACUGCGACUUCGCGUCCAGCGCCUUCCUGGCGUGCGGCCUGCGGGAGGUCGAGGGCCCAAAAGCGGCGGAGCUGCGCGAGGUGCAAAAAGCGGUGGUCGCGUUUUCGCGUUUUCGCCCCGGGGGGGGAGAGGGGAAGGGGGGAGGGGGGUGGCCUUUUGAACAUCUUGUAAGGGUUGACUGA